CACCAAUACAAACGCAUAUAAGCGUAGCAUCUCUCGCUCUCUAGUGUACGUACCGUACGUUGUUAUAUGUAUACGGACGGGUUCGUCGACGGAGCUCUCUCUCUCUCUCUUUAUAUGUGUACAUGUGCUCUCGGCGCGGCGCUGACUCGAGACGCGGGGAUUAACUAAAAAUUUUGCAGGCAGUCGCGAGCGUGUGCAAUAGUGGACAGCAGCAAACAGCAGCGCGGAGCAACCACCGCGCCGAACACUUGUUCAUUUUUACGCGUAUCGCAAUUGUUUGUUUGUGUGUGCGGGUGACUGCUGCAGUGCACUCUGCGUGGCUAUCAGCGUGUGCGCGCGCGAGUGUGUGUGAGCGUGACACUGUGCUCGAUAUAUUAAUAUAUAUAAUAUAGGAGGUGCGUGUGCGCGAAGGGCCCGUCAGUUGGCCGAAGCUAUAUAACUGUUUACAACUACUGCGUGUGCGAGUUCGGAGUUUGUUUAUAUACACACACACGUGUGUGCGAGAGCAUCAGGCAAUAGCAGCAGAUAAAGAGCGUGGGUGUGGAGCACAUCGUUCGAAACGACUAGAGAGAAAAUCGGAGCACGCUCUUCAUUGGAUUUUUCGAUUUUUCUCGCUUUCUCUUUCUCUCUCGAGCCACGAGAUAUAAGACUUCGUCGCCCGAGGUUAAAAUAUAUCCAUUUCGAUCCACCGCCGCUCCGCACGUACUAAAAAAAUUUUCAAAAUGAACAAAAGUCUCGACAGGCAAAGGAUGAACACAAUGAAAACGAGCAGUAGGAGCCUCCUCGUGUCCCCGGAGUCCAGGCGACCGGGCAAAACCAUAUCGUGCGUGCGUAGCAAAGCGAUGCUUCACGCUAUCGGUCUGACCCCGGUCGUGCCGGCGCCCGGAAGCGUCGUGCGUAGCCUCAGCCCGGAUUUCGACGACGAUGACGAGGAUAUGGAUGAGGACGAAAAACCCCCCCAGUCCCAGCCGGAGCCCGAGUCCGAGGAACACGAGAACGAGGUACUCAGCGUCAAACAGGAGCCCGAGGACAUGAUGUCCGGCUCGGACGACAUGCAGCACGACAACGAGCCCAACAGCACGGCCUCGAGCCAGUCCUCCUCGACCGGGGCCAACGUCUCCAGGAGCGUCUCGGGCGUGCGAGUCAGCUAUCCCACGAUGACCAGAGUGAGGUCGCACUCCAGAAGCCUCAGGGCCAUGGCCAAUCCGAGCGCCGUCUGGGCCCACUUCGAUCUCUGCGCUAAUGAUCCGCUCAGGGCGCAGUGCCGAAUCUGCGAGGCUGUGGUCGUUAGGGGUGGUGCCAAUCCCCGACAGUGCGGCACGACUAACUUACAUCGUCACUUGAGAGUUCAUCACGGAGGACGACUCAUCGGUCGCAGAUACCAUGUAUCGCACGAAGAGACCAAAGAAGAGCCUCAGUCAAAUGUUCAGUACGCAGAAGAAUCCAGAUCACCGAAAGCUGUACGUCUUGCUACUCAGUCCUUGAUGCGGCAAAUGCGUUACAUAGCUCCAGCGCCGAGCGCUCCAAAACCAAGUGGUGCAUCGCAAAACGUCAAAUCCCAUCAACAACAACAACAGCAACAACAGGCACAGCAACAGGCACAACAACAGCAACAGCACCACCAGCGACAGCAACAGCAGCAACAACAACAGCAGCGGCAAGCACAACAACAACAACAGCAGCAACAACCACGCCAUCAGCCACAGCAGCCGCAACAAAAAUCCCGCAUCUUCCACAGAGCGGGAAAAACUCUUCAAUCGAAGCCGCAAUCGUUCGAUCAGCACCAAUCUUCGAUUCCGGUGCGCCAGAAUUUACAAUCUGCAAAAGUCCCGGUACAGCCCGUUUUACCACCGGCAGAGGUAUGUUUGAAAUGGAACAGUUAUCACAGCAACAUGCAAAACAGUUUCCCAACUCUUCUGGACAGCGAGGACUUUGUCGAUGUGACGCUCGCUUGCGAGGGUCGCUCCAUCAAGUGCCACAAAAUGAUUCUUUCGUCGUGCAGUGACUAUUUGGCUCAACUGUUGCGAGAAAAUCCUUGCCAGCAUCCCAUUAUCGUCAUGCGAGACCUCAAGUUUUGGGAAGUGGAGGCUCUGGUCAAAUUCAUGUACCGCGGUGAAGUCAACGUAGUGCACGACAAACUGCCACAACUACUUUUGGCUGCUGAAACUCUUCAAAUCAAAGGUUUAGCAGGCCCCAGUCAACCUGAGCAACCUAAGCCGCCGAUGCUGUUACCUCGGUCGGAAACUGCUAGAGCAUUUAGCCGUGUCAACAAUCAACACAAAGAGGAAAAAUCACGAUCCCUUCUUAAUAACCCACCUUCCUCGUCUGCUUCAAAUUCUGCUAAGCGUGGAAUCAAGCGUCGUUUUGCUUUAAUCAGAUCUCGAGGUUUUCCUAAAAUUCAAUUUCAAAAGCCUAAAGAAUCAUCUGAGAAGGCUCCUGAAGUCAAAUUAGAGCCUCAAGAUCUGCCGGUCAGCCCUGGUGAUGAACUUUAUCAUGCUUCGAGGCGAGGAAUGGAUGAAGAUGACGACAAUUAUUCUGAACCACCUAGCAUGGAUGAUAUGCUUACCAUGAGAGUUGACGAUGAUCCUGGCGAAGAAAACGAAGAUGAUCCUGGAGAUGAUCAGGAAGAUGACGCCGAUGAAGAUCAAGACGAUCGCGAUGAAGAUCUUGGAGACGAAGAAAACGAUGAUGCCGAAUCUGUUGACACUGGUAAUGAAGAAUCAGACGCUAAUUAUGCAGAUGAGCAGAUGGAAUUUGUACCGACUGACUUUUUAGAACAAGAACAAGAUACAGGUGAAGAAAACGAUGACGACGCUACCGAACAAAAUAUUGAAGACGAUGUAAGGCAAAAUAAUGAAGAAAAUAAUGAAGAAGAAAAUGACGAUUUUCAGGAAUCUGAUCAAGUACCGACAGAACCAAGUCCCAAAAGAUCGAAGAAAGAUACUUCGUAAUGAGAUGCGUUUAACUUUCACGCAUCUUACUCAUUAAUCUUCUAAAACUUGUUACUUCAAGAUACUUAAACAAUUUCCUAAGGGAAAACUUAUUAAGUAAUUUUUUAAUUAUUACAUUCUUUUACCGAAAUUGUCGCUCUAUAACUACUACUAAAAAAGGUUUUCGUAACUUAUUAGUAGAACAUCAAAUUUCUGAUGUUUUGGUCCUGUAUAGAAAGUAGCUUGUUCAAUCGAGAUAAGAUUUUUGUGAAGAAGAGAAUGUGAUCAAUUUGAAAAAAUGAUUGUUUAAAAGUAUUAGUCUGAAAUGUUUUCCGUAUUAUUUUCGCUAGGUCAACUAAAUGGUAAACAAAAUUUUUAAUUUGAGUAUCCAUUAAUGUUGAAUAAAAAUUUCAAACUUCAUUGAUUUAAAGGAAAACUUCAAUUGAUUGAAAUAAUUGUAAUAAUGUUAGGAGUGUACAUUUUAAGUCGGUCUACUGAAAAAAAAAUCAGUAAAUUACCGCAGCCAAACAUUAUAUGUGAUGCUCAUUUUAAUUGUGUAAUUUGUAAAUGUAAAUACAAGUCAAUAUUUUACGUAAUCACAACUUAAUUCUAAUUUCAAAUCUUAACAUUUCACUGCUGCGUUUUAUUUUGAUACAAACGUUAUAAUAUUAAUUCAUCAUUAUAAGUAGUUUAAAUUUCAUAAUUAUUUUCGUUUUAACUUCAAAAUCAGACCAUUACAUUGAAGUUCUAGAAAUUGUACGAUGUUAUUCUUAAAAUGCCAAAUGUAAUGUAAAGUUGAUACCUUUAAGCAUUUUUACUGUAAUGAGAAAUUAAGGUACGAUUAACUAAAUAAGUAAUAUUUUAAGUUUGUAAAAUUUAUUUGCAUCUGUUUAGCAUACAGUCAGUUACAUAUCAAGAUUUUACUGUAUGAUACACUUUGUUUUUUUUUACUUAAUAAGACUCGAGUAUUAAUCAUGUAUGCUUUUUAUAUUUCCUAUUGAUGAUUGUUGUAAUCUUGUCGAUUUAGCACUGUAUUUGUGUGCCAUUCAUGCUGUAUAUUUCGCUUACACGUUAAACAAUGCAUUUAAAAGAAUUAAAAAAAAA